AUGGCCGGGUUGAGAGCGAUAUUUGAGGGACAUGUCGGAUCAGAACUGGAGCACAGCUGUGGCCACUCAAGACUUGGGUUGGACGGGAUAGCUAGUUUAGGCCUGGAUACUGUUACUAUUAUCUCCUUGUUAGUGUACUGCCUUGACCCUGCUGCGUAG